GGGAGCAAUCCAGUAGUCCGUGUGCGGUGUUCAUCGUUAGGACUCUCGUUGAUCCACCGAUCGUCGGUGUCCUCUCGAGUCUUCUUUUCCGUGCAAAUAGAUUCUCAGUCGUGUUUGAGCACGUAGCAGUAACACAAUAACUACUUAGAUACCUAAACAAUUCAUAAUGUGGACUGUCGUAUUAGUAUUCAUCGGUUUGCUGUGUGCAUUAAUACCGUCGACGCAUUCUCAAGGUAGAUGCCAAAAUCCGCAGGGACAACCCGGCACGUGCAUCAGUAUCAGAUCGUGUACGUUGUUACUCAAUCUCCUGAAAUCAAACCCGUACGACCCGCAAGUAGGCAAUUUUCUCCGUUCUUCCGUUUGCGGCUACGGUCCAGGUAACGAUCCUUGGGUUUGCUGUCCGUCCGGCAUUGACGGCGGGAAUACAGGCGGCACGGACAACGACUUGGAAGGUGAUCGAGACCGUAAAGAAGUUACGAACACCGCAUAUGGUCCUUUGUAUCCACCUAACUGCGGAUACAGUAAUGUAACGAUACGCAGAAUCGUUGGUGGCGAGCCAGCCUCGUUAGGUUCUUGGCCUUGGAUCACCGUUCUCGGAUACGUAAACUCGAGAAAUCCAAAUGUUCCGAAAUGGCUUUGCGGCGGCGCUUUGAUUUCUAGUCGACACGUGCUUACCGCCGCACAUUGCGUUCACGGACGAUCGGAUUUGUACAAAGUCCGCGUCGGCGACUUGGAUCUCAACAGUGAUAACGAUGGGGCGUACCCCUUUGAGGACUUUAUCGAAAGGAAGACAGUGCAUCCCGGGUACAAUCCCAGGACCUAUACAAACGAUGUGGCGGUUCUGAAAACGACCCAAGAAGUACCCUUUACGGGUAAGCUUCUUUAUAUUAUAUAG